AUGUCACUGCUGCAAGCUGUCACCUUCCUCUCCUUCUGGGCUGUUGGACUUGGAUUGUCAAAGGUGGAGCAGUCUGAAAUAUCGGUUUCUAAAGAAAUAAAGAAAAGUGUUAGCAUAAAUUGCAAGAUAUCCAGCACAAGUUUUGAUACUGAAGUCAUUCACUGGUACUGGAAGAAACCAAAUAAGACUGUGGAGCAUCUGAUUCAAGUUACUUCAACAAAGUCCCCAGCUCGAGGUUCCUUGAAUGGAAAGGACAACAAAAUUGAGGCAAAAAAGUAUUCUCAAACUUCGUCUUCAGUCCUUACCAUAUUUUCCAUAGAAAAAGAAGACGCAGCCAUGUACUACUGUGCCGGGUGGUCCACAGGUGAAGGUACAAAGCUCAUAGUUUCUCCCUCUGAUAAAAGCUCUGAUGUAGACAUUUCCCCCAAGCCCACAAUUUUUCUUCCUUCUGUUGCUGAAAUAAAUUUCCAUAAGGCUGGGACCCAUCUUUGUCUUCUUGAGAACUUUUUCCCUGAUGUUAUUAAGGUAUUUUGGAAAGAAAAGGAUGGUGAUGGGAUUCUGGAAGACCAGCAGGGAAACACUGUGAAGACUGAUGACACAUACAUGAAGAUGAGCUGGCUAACUGUGACUGGAGAGUCAAKGGAUAAAGAGCACAGGUGUAUCGUCAAACACGAGAAUAAUAAAGGWGGRGUUGAUCAAGAGAUUCUCUUUCCUGCGAUAAAKAAAGGCAGUCAAACAUCUUCCAGUUUGGAARGGAGAAUGAUGUCAGUCACAAGUUCACCUGGGUCAUAUGUGGUAAUCACUUGUGAUUUAUCAWGUACCUACAUCCACUGGUAUCAAUUCAAAGAAGGGCUAACCCCACGACGCCUUCUCUACUAUGAUUUUGUAAAUUCCAAAGUUGUACGGGAUUCAGAAAGCACUUUGGUAAAAUAUGAUGCUUAUAAAGGCACAGAUGGGAGAUGUAAAUUAGCAAUACGAAAUGUGGAGGAAAGUGACGRUGCUGUCUAUUACUGUGCCUACUGGACUAGCACAGUGGUUCAGACCUGCCUUUAUCUAUAYUCAAAAGGUUGCUAUGUCUGCACCUUGGUACACAAUUAG